CGAGGAGCGACGAAAAUAAACGAAGCCGGAAUCGGGGAGCCGACGAGGUCGAGCUUGGAAACGAGUGUCAGUGCGGACGGUACGGAGAGCGUGAUCGAGUCUAAGCGAGCAACGCGUUCGUUCGGAUUUAGCCGAUCGCGAGAGAGAGAGAGAGAGAGAAAGAGAGAGAGAGAAAGGGAGAGAGAGGGACUCUACGAUUCGAACGAUUCAGUGGAACCAAGUGAUCUCGAUCCAGCGGGAGAAAUUGUUUGAAAAUGGCAGCGGAAACGCGUCGAUCGAACUGAAGAGAUAUUCGUAAAGACGCAAGGAUGGUGUUGGUAGUGAACGGGGUCCUGCAAGAGGACAUUCCAACGGAUAGUAGGUCCUUGUACGCUGCACAUCCGGUCUAUCGCGAAACCGCGGCACAGCUUCAUUCGAUGCCCGCGAAAUUGGUCGGGCCGAUGGGUCUCCUUUACGUUCAGCAGCGAGAAAUGGCCGCAACUUUGCCACACGACAAAAACGUGAGCAUCAUCGGCUCGGACGAUAUGACUACCUGCAUAAUCGUCGUGGUGAAACAUUCCGGUUCGGGCGCUGCGGCGUUCGCGCACCUGGAUGGAGCUGGAACCGAGGAAGCCACGGCAGCGAUGGUUCAGAGGGUAACCGAAUUGGCUCUUGGAUUUCCGGAGGGUCGUUUAGAGUUACAGCUGGUCGGCGGCUACUCCGAUCCGAGGAACUAUUCCGAAGAAUUAUUUUGCAAUAUUCUUUCGGCGUUUCAUAAGCAACCGGUAGAGAUCGAUCUGACGCUGUGUUGCGUGGGCGAGCUGAACACCACUGUCAGAGCGGGGAUUCAUUGGCCGGUAAUCUAUGGUAUCGGGUUGAACGUGAAAACCGGCGAAAUAUUUCCGGCAACUUUCCCCGACAAAGGCCCGGAUCAGGCAUUAAGGGCUGCCAGGCAUUUUACGGGAGGCCAACAGGUCUUGGACGUUUACGAUUGUACGCUCGGAUUGCUGCGAAUCGGACCAUUCAAUUACGAUCCCCUACGGGGAGUCGACCUUUGGUUGGCUCAGUCCGAUCAAUUUAUCCUGCAACACCUUUCAACUUCACCAGAAGUGGAACCUCCGCAUUUCGUGUCACAGGUACGAGCGACACUCAAGUACAUACAGGACAAUCAGUUUCCAGCCGUGACCGUUUUCCGAGACAACAGACCUCAUUACUAUCGUCGGGACGAAACCACCGGUGUAUGGCAACCUAUCAGAUACUAACGCCGUCUGUAAUCUGCCGUCUACCGUUCGCCGUUUCGUUCAAUAGACGCUUCUCGUGGACGAAAAGGCAAAGGCAGUCUCAGAAAUUACCCUGCUGAUAGAAAAUUCAAAAAUAGAACCGCGAGCCGACCAAUGCUUAACAUUCUCGCGAUAAAACGACCGGACAGCCGUGUAACGGGGCGUCUGUGUCCACGCUCGAAUCUCUUUUUCUCGCUCAACCUUGUUCGUGAAUAUGCUAUUUUGUUUUCCUUCUCCAAUUAUUUAUUGAUCUCGAAUACGCGAGCGGCUCGCUACAAGAAUUCCUUUACGAUCGUUGCUUAUCCCUUUUGACGCGUGCGACUGUUGUCUCUUCUGUUAGCCUCGUACGGGCGGGCAACGAUAACAAGAACAACGGCAAGGUCACGCGCAGUUUUCAUGCAAUUAACGGGAAAUACCUGUUCGAACGAUCGCAUCGUCUUACCGUUUAGAAUCAUUUCGAACGGUCAUUGUUAGGUACACGGUAGAAUAAGGGUUAACAAUCGC